CAGCCAGCCGCCCGGCGGGGAACGUGCUCGACCUCUGGGUGGCUGCUGCUCCCAAGGGUGGGGCUCCAGAGAGUGUGGUGCGAUCGUCAAGCUCCCUGCCAGCGGCCCUGGAGAGGCUGAGCGGACAGGAGGAGGGGACGCCCCAUUGGAGUGUAGUCCCGUGCAGUCGCCGGCUCUCCUUUUCCGGACUCUGGGCAUCUCUUGCUGCAGCUGACAAGGUAUUGAUGUCAAGCUGAACCAUCGUAGGAAGUUGAAAGUCUUAAAAAGAGAACUCGGUACCAAGUUUUUGGAUUAUCUUGAAACUCAGGCAAGAUGGCCAAGUAUGGAGAACAUGAAGCCAGCCCUGACAAUGGGCAGAACGAAUUCAGCGAUAUCAUUAAGUCCAGAUCUGAUGAACACAAUGACGUACAGAAGAAAACCUUUACCAAAUGGAUAAAUGCUCGAUUUUCAAAGAGUGGGAAACCACCCAUCAAUGAUAUGUUCACAGACCUCAAAGAUGGAAGGAAGCUACUGGAUCUUCUAGAAGGCCUCACAGGAACAUCAUUGCCAAAGGAGCGUGGUUCCACAAGGGUACAUGCCUUAAAUAACGUCAACAGAGUGCUGCAGGUUUUACAUCAGAACAAUGUGGAAUUAGUAAAUAUAGGAGGAACUGACAUUGUGGAUGGAAAUCACAAACUGACUUUGGGAUUACUUUGGAGCAUCAUUUUGCACUGGCAGGUGAAAGAUGUCAUGAAGGAUGUCAUGUCAGACCUGCAGCAGACGAACAGCGAGAAGAUCCUGCUGAGCUGGGUGCGUCAGACCACCAGGCCCUAUAGCCAAGUCAAUGUCCUCAACUUCACCACCAGCUGGACAGAUGGACUCGCCUUUAAUGCUGUCCUCCACCGACAUAAACCUGAUCUCUUCAGCUGGGAUAAAGUUGUCAAAAUGUCACCAAUUGAGAGACUUGAACAUGCCUUCAGCAAGGCUCAAACUUAUUUGGGAAUUGAAAAGCUGUUAGAUCCUGAAGAUGUUGCCGUUCAGCUUCCUGACAAGAAAUCCAUAAUUAUGUAUUUAACAUCUUUGUUUGAGGUGCUACCUCAGCAAGUCUCCAUAGAUGCCAUCCGUGAGGUUGAGACACUCCCCAGGAAAUAUAAGAAAGAAUGUGAAGAAGAAGCAAUUAAUAUACAGGCACAGAGCACAGCGCCCGAGGAGGAGCGUGAGAGCCCCCGAGCUGAAACCCCCAGCACUGUCACUGAGGUUGACACGGAUCUGGACAGCUAUCAGAUAGCACUGGAGGAAGUGCUGACCUGGUUGCUUUCUGCCGAGGACACUUUCCAGGAGCAGGAUGAUAUUUCUGAUGAUGUUGAAGAAGUCAAAGACCAGUUUGCAACCCAUGAAGCUUUUAUGAUGGAACUGACUGCACAUCAGAGCAGUGUGGGCAGCGUCCUGCAGGCAGGCAACCAACUGAUAACACAAGGAACUCUGACAGACGAAGAGGAAUUUGAGAUUCAGGAACAGAUGACCCUGCUGAAUGCUAGAUGGGAGGCCCUUAGGGUGGAGAGUAUGGACAGACAGUCCCGACUGCACGACGUGCUGAUGGAACUGCAGAAGAAGCAGCUGCAGCAGCUCUCCACUUGGUUAACACUCACAGAGGAGCGCAUUCAGAAGAUGGAAACUUGCCCCCUGGACGACGAUGUAAAAUCUCUACAAAAGCUGCUCGAAGAACAUAAAAGUUUGCAAAGUGAUCUUGAGGCUGAACAGGUGAAAGUAAAUUCAUUAACUCACAUGGUGGUCAUUGUUGAUGAAAACAGUGGUGAGAGUGCUACAGCUAUUCUAGAAGACCAGUUACAGAAACUUGGUGAGCGCUGGACAGCAGUAUGCCGCUGGACUGAAGAACGCUGGAGUAGGUUACAAGAAAUCAAUAUAUUAUGGCAGGAAUUAUUGGAAGAACAGUGCUUAUUGAAAGCUUGGUUAACCGAAAAAGAAGAGGCUUUAAAUAAAGUCCAGACCAGCAACUUCAAAGACCAAAAAGAACUAAGUGUCAGUGUUCGACGUCUGGCUAUUUUGAAGGAAGACAUGGAAAUGAAGCGUCAAACAUUGGAUCAGCUGAGUGAGGUUGGCCAGGAUGUGGGACAAUUACUUGAUAAUUCUAAGGCAUCUAAGAAGAUCAACAGUGACUCAGAGGAACUGACUCAAAGAUGGGAUUCUUUGGUUCAGAGACUGGAAGAUUCCUCCAACCAGGUGACUCAGGCUGUAGCAAAGCUGGGGAUGUCUCAGAUUCCUCAGAAGGACCUUUUGGAGACUGUUCGUGUAAGAGAACAAGUAACUACAAAAAAAUCUAAGCAGGAACUGCCUCCUCCUCCUCCCCCAAAGAAGAGACAGAUCCAUGUGGAUAUUGAAGCUAAGAAAAAGUUUGAUGCUAUAAGUGCAGAGCUGUCGAACUGGAUUGUGAAAUCAAAGACUGCCAUUCAGACCACAGAGAUAAAAGAGUAUAAGAAGAUUCAAGACACUUCUGAAAUGAAAAAGAAAUUGAAGGUAUUAGAAAAAGAACAGAGAGAAAGAAUCCCCAGACUAGGUGAAUUAAACCAAAUCGGACAAAUCCUUGUGGAACAAAUGGGAAAAGAAGGCCUUCCUACUGAAGAAAUAAAAAAUGUUCUGGAGAAGCUUUUUUCAGAAUGGAACAAUGUAUCUCAACAUUUGGAAGAUCUGGGAAAAAAGAUUCAGCUACAGGAAGAUAUAAAUGCUUAUUUCAAGCAGCUCGAUGAGCUUGAAAAGGUCAUCAAGACAAAGGAGGAGUGGGUAAAACACACUUCCGUGUCUGAAUCUUCCCGGCAGUCCUUGCCAAGCCUGAAGGAUUCCUGCCGGCGGGAGUUGACAAACCUCCUUGGCCUCUGCCCCAAAAUUGAAAUGGCACGUGCGAGCUGCUCGGCCCUGAAGUCUCAGCCUUCUGCCCCAGAUUUUGUCCAGCAGGGCUUCGAUAGCUUUCUGGACUGCUACCAAGCUGUACAAAAGGCUUUAGAGGAUCGUCAACAGCAGCUAGAGAAUGAACUGAAGGUCCAACCUGGACAUGCAUAUCUGGAAACGUUGAAAACACUGAAAGAUGUGCUAAGGGAUUCAGAAAAUAAGGCCCAAGCAUCUCUGAAUGUCCUUAAUGAUCUUGCCAAGGUGGAGAAGGCCCUGCAAGAAAAAAAGGCCCUUGAUGAAAUCCUUGAGAAUCAGAAACCCACCUUACAUAAACUUGCAGAUGAAACAAAGGCUCUGGAGAAAAAUGUUCACCCUGAUGUAGAAAAAUUAUAUAAGCAAGAAUUUGAUGAUGUCCAAGGACAGUGGAACAAACUGAAGGUCUUGGUUUCCAAAGAUAUGCAUUUGCUGGAAGAAAUUAUUCUCAAACUCAGAGCUUUUGAGGCUGAUUCAACAAUCAUUGAGAAGUGGAUCGAUGAUGUGAAAGACUUCUUAAUGAAACAGCAGGUUGCCCAAGGAGAUGACACAGAUCUACAGAGGCAGUUGGACCAGUGCUCUGCAUUUGUUAAUGAAAUAGAAACAAUUGAAUCAUCUCUGAAAAACAUGAAGGAAAUAGAAACUGAUCUUCGAAGUGGUCCAGUUGCUGGAAUAAAAACUUGGGUGCAGAGAAGGCUAGGUGACUAUCAAACCCAACUGGAGAAACUUAGCAAGGAGAUCUCUACUCAAAAAAGUAGGUUGUCUGAAAGUCAAGAAAAAGCUGUGAACCUGAAGAAGGACUUGGCAGAGAUGCAGGAGUGGAUGACCCAGGCCGAGGAAGAAUACCUGGAGCGGGAUUUUGAGUACAAGUCCCCAGAAGAGCUUGAGUGUGCUGUGGAAGAGAUGAAGAGGGCAAAAGAGGAUGUGCUGCAGAAAGAGGUGAGAGUGAAGAUUCUCAAGGACAACAUCAAGUUAUUAGCUGCCAAGGUGCCCUCUGGUGGCCAGGAGUUGACAUCUGAGCUGAAUGUUGUGCUGGAGAAUUACCAACUUCUUUGUAAUAGAAUUCGAGGAAAGUGCCACACUUUAGAGGAGGUCUGGUCUUGUUGGAUUGAGCUGCUUCAUUAUUUGGAUCUUGAAACCACCUGGUUAAACACUUUGGAAGAGCGGAUGAAGAGCACAGAGGUCCUGCCUGAGAAGACGGACGCUGUCAACGAAGCCCUAGAGUCUCUGGAAUCUGUUCUGCGCCACCCGGCAGAUAAUCGCACCCAGAUUCGAGAGCUUGGCCAGACUCUGAUUGAUGGAGGGAUCCUGGAUGAUAUAAUCAGUGAGAAACUGGAGGCUUUCAACAGCCGAUAUGAAGAGCUGAGUCACCUGGCAGAGAGCAAGCAGAUUUCUUUGGAAAAGCAACUCCAGGCCCUGCGGGAAACUGACCAUAUCCUUCAAGUCUUACAAGAGAGCUUGGGGGAGUUGGACCAACAGCUCACCACGUACCUAACUGACAGGAUAGAUGCUUUCCAAGUUCCACAGGAAGCUCAGAAAAUCCAAGCAGAGAUCUCAGCCCAUGAGCUAACCCUAGAGGAGCUGAGAAGAAAUAUGCGUUCUCAACCCCCGACCUCCCCAGUGAGCAGGUCUGCCAGAGGAGGAAGUCAGAUGGAUGUGCUACAGAGGAAACUCCGAGAAGUAUCCACAAAGUUCCAGCUUUUCCAGAAGCCUGCUAACUUCGAGCAGCGCAUGCUGGACUGCAAGCGUGUGCUGGAUGGUGUGAAAGCAGAACUUCAUGUUCUGGAUGUGAAGGAUGUAGAUCCUGACGUCAUACAGACCCACCUGGACAAGUGUAUGAAACUGUAUAAAACUUUGAGUGAAGUCAAACUUGAAGUGGAAACUGUAAUUAAAACAGGAAGACAUAUUGUCCAGAAACAGCAAACAGACAACCCAAAAGGGAUGGAUGAGCAGCUGACUUCCCUGAAGGUCCUUUACAAUGACCUGGGCGCACAGGUGACAGAAGGAAAACAGGAUCUAGAAAGAGCCUCACAGUUGGCCCGCAAAAUGAAGAAAGAGGCUGCAUCUCUCUCUGAAUGGCUUUCUGCUACUGAAACUGAAUUGGUACAGAAGUCCACUUCAGAAGGUCUGCUUGGUGACUUGGAUACAGAGAUUUCCUGGGCUAAAAAUGUUCUAAAGGGUCUGGAAAAGAGAAAAGCUGAUUUAAAUACUAUCACAGAGAGUAGUGCUGCCCUACAAAACUUGGUUGAGGGCAGCGAGCCUGUUUUAGAAGAGAGGCUCUGUGUCCUUAACGCUGGGUGGAGCCGAGUUCGUACCUGGACUGAAGAUUGGUGCAAUACCUUGAUGAACCACCAGAACCAGCUAGAAAUAUUUGAUGGAAAUGUGGCUCACAUAAGUACCUGGCUUUAUCAAGCUGAAGCUCUGUUGGAUGAAAUUGAAAAGAAACCAGCAAGUAAAAGGGAAGAAAUUGUAAAGCGUUUAGUAUCUGAGCUGGAUGAUGCCAACCUCCAGGUUGAAAAUGUCCGCGAUCAAGCUGUUAUUUUGAUGAACGCUCGAGGCAGCUCAAGCAGGGAGCUUGUAGAACCAAAGUUAGCUGAGCUGAAUAGGAACUUUGAAAAGGUGUCUCAACAUAUCAAAAGUGCCAAAUUGCUAAUUGCUCAGGAACCAUUAUCGUACCAAUGUUUGGUCACCACUGAAACAUUUCAAACUGGUGUGCCUUUCUCUGACUUGGAAAAAUUAGAAAAUGACAUAGGAAAUAUGUUAAAAGUUGUGGAAAAACACUUGGAAUCCAGUGAUGAAGAUGAAAAGAUGGAUGAGGAGAGAGCCCAGAUAGAGGAAGUUCUACAAAGAGGAGAACAAAUGUUACAUCAACCUAUGGAAGAUAAUAAAAAAGAAAAGAUCCGUUUGCAGUUAUUACUUUUGCAUACAAGAUACAACAAAAUUAAGGCAAUCCCUAUUCAACAGAGGAAAAUUGGUCAACUUGCUUCUGGAAUGAGAUCAUCACUUCUUCCUACAGAUUAUCUGGUUGAAAUUAACAAAAUUUUACUUUGCAUGGAUGAUGUUGAAUUAUCGCUUAAUAUUCCAGAGCUCAAAACUGCUGUCUAUGAAGACUUCUCUUUUCAGGAAGACUCUCUGAAGAAUGUCAAAGACCAACUGGACAAACUUGGAGAGCAGAUUGCAGUCAUUCAUGAAAAACAGCCAGAUGUCAUCCUUGAAGCCUCUGGACCUGAAGCCAUUCAGAUCAGAGAUGCACUUACUCAGCUGAAUGCAAAAUGGGACAGAAUUAAUAGAAUGUACGGUGAUCAGAAAGGAUAUUUUGAUAGGGCUAUGGAAGAAUGGAGACAGUUCCAUUGUGACCUAAAUGACCUCACACAGUGGAUAACAGAGACUGAAGAGUUACUGGUUGAUACCUGUGCUCCGGAUGGCAGCCUGGACUUAGAGAAAGCCAGGGUGCAUCAGCAGGAACUUGAGGAGGGUAUCAGCAGCCACCAGCCCAGUUUUGCAGCACUAAACCGAACUGGGGAUGGGAUUGUGCAGAAACUCUCCCAGGCAGAUGGAAGCUUCUUGAAAGACAAACUGGCAGGUUUAAACCAACGCUGGGAUGCAAUCGUUGCAGAAGUGAAGGAUAGGCAGCCAAGGCUAAAAGGAGAAAGUAAGCAGGUGAUGGAGUACAGACAUCAGCUGGAUGAGCUUAUCUGUUGGUUAACGAAGGCUGAGCAUGCUGUGAAAAAGAGAUCGACCACGGAGUUGGGGGAAAACCUGCAAGAAUUAAGAGACUUAACUCAAGAAAUGGAAAUGCAAGCUGAAAAACUCAAAUGGCUUAAUAGAACUGAAUUAGAGAUGCUUUCAGAUAAAAGUCUGAGUUUACCUGAAAGAGAUAAAAUUUCAGAAAGCUUAAGGACUGUAAAUAUGACAUGGAAUAAGAUUUGCAGAGAAGUGCCUACCACUCUGAAGGAACACAUCCAGGAGCCCAGUUCUGUUUCACAGACAAGGAUUGCUGCUCAUCCUAGUGUCCAAAAGGUGGUGCUAGUAUCAUCUACAUCAGAUACUCCUGUUCAGUCUCCUCGUACUUCGGAAAUUUCACUUCCUGCUGAUCUUGAUAAAACUAUAACAGAACUAGCCGACUGGCUGGUAUUAAUCGACCAGAUGCUGAAGUCCAACAUUGUCACUGUCGGGGAUGUAGAAGAGAUCAAUAAGACCGUUUCCCGAAUGAAAAUUACAAAGGCUGACUUAGAACAGCGCCAUCCUCAGCUCGAUUGUGUUUUUACAUUGGCACAGAAUUUGAAAAAUAAAGCUUCCAGUUCAGAUGUGAGAACAGCAAUCACAGAAAAAUUGGAAAAGGUCAAGAACCAGUGGGAUGGCACCCAGCAUGGUGUUGAGCUAAGACAGCAGCAGCUUGAGGACAUGAUUAUUGACAGUCUUCAGUGGGAUGACCAUAGGGAGGAGACUGAGGAACUGAUGAGAAAAUAUGAAGCUCGACUUUAUAUUCUUCAGCAAGCCCGACGGGAUCCACUCACCAAACAAAUUUCUGAUAACCAAAUACUGCUUCAAGAACUGGGUCCUGGCGAUGGUGUCAUCAUGGCAUUCGAUAAUGUCCUGCAGAAACUGCUGGAGGACUAUGGGAGUGAUGACACAAGGAAUGUGAAAGAAACCACAGAGUACUUAAAGACAUCGUGGAUCAAUCUCAAACAAAGUGUUGCUGACAGACAGAAUGCCUUGGAGGCUGAGUGGAAGAUGGUGCAGGCCUCCCGCAGAGAUCUGGAGAACUUCCUAAAGUGGAUCCAAGAAGCAGAGACCACAGUGAAUGUGCUUGCUGAUGCCUCUCAUCGGGAGAAUGCCCUUCAGGACGGUGUCUUGGCCAGGGAGCUCAAACAGCAGAUGCAGGUAAGUGCAUGGGAAACUACACCAGUACUUGUGUUUCUCCUGUGCUCUUUUAAUCCAUCUGCAUGCACAUGUAUUACCAUUGAAAGAUGAGGUCAUCACCUUAUUUUCUUACGAAAUCCGUGCUCUCCUGUGAAUGAUUGGUUUCUGGAAAUAAGCUCUAUCAGGUAUUUUUACUUAAUGUUAGAGGGAAAAAACUCACCUUGUUUUAUGGAAGUAAUAGUUGUUUAUUUAAAGUUAGAGGCUCACAGUGAUUCUACUUUCUGUCAUUUUAAGCCCUUUUAUAGUUAGCUUUAUUGAAUCCUAAAUUAUAAGGGCAUUUUCCCUUAAUGUGAAGUUGUUUCUUUCCCCAUUUGUUAUACAUACUUAAUAUAAAAGCUGCAAAGCUGUAUAGCUUAAUUUAUAACUAAGAAUAUCAGGCUUGAUGGUAUUACUUUUAUGUCAUUACCUUGAUAACUGUGAUUGUAUAUGUAGUCUAAGGUUCAAAUAUUUCGUCUACACAAAAUGUGCUAAUAUAAAACUUUUUAUUUAAAAACCUUAUGAGGACUCUUAUGAAACACAUCGGAAUCUUUUUCUGCCUCCAGGUAGUUCUGCUUCAGUGCUCUUGAACCUUCCAGUUUCUCUGCAUAGACUAACCUAUUGUUGCGAACCAUAUAGGCCUUCUCACUUAGAACUUAGUUCAAAAUCUGAUUCAGGCCAAGUGUGGUGGCUCACCUCUAUAAUCCCAGCGCUUUGGGAGGCCAGUGUAGGUAGAUCACCUGAGGUCGGGAAUUGGAGACCAACCUGGCCAACACGGUGAA